GUCAGGGAGGGAAAAACUAAAUUAUUAAUGAUUAUUUGUGACUUAAAAUCACAGAUUUUUUACUUUAUCUCUAAAAAAUUAUCCCUUUAACAAUGAUAGGAAAUUUGAACAUAAACUGGCAGCAGGUGAAAACAGUCUUAACCAUUAGAUAUAUAAUGAUGUAGGCCUAAGUUCUCUUAAUUACACAUUAUAUCACAAAUAUAAGACAAGGUUAAAUUUAUAAUAAUAAAACACAUCACAAAUUUAAUGCAGUGACAUGCAAUGUCAAUAACAUUCAUAACAGGCUAAAACAUUUUACAUUUGCUGUGCCUCGUUUCUGAGGGGCUUCUUAGAUUGAGGACCCUGGCAGUCAGAGGCCCGUCCAAAAUCCAUCUUUGGUUGGUUUAAAUAGUUAAAUUAUGGUUAAUGAAAACUAAUUAAACCAAGUAAACUCUUUCCAAGCUGUUAGAUAAUAGACUAUAUCGUUUGCAUAUUGCACAACAUGGAUUUUUUCACCCUGCACGUGUUUCUUUUACCACUGACAACUCUGUCGUUGUGGCUGCAGCAGGUUUACUUUUAGUUUUGCUUUUCAUUUACUAUAAUACACAUCCAGACACAGAUUCAGAACGACUGUAUCCAAGUUUGAAAGUACCAUUGUGUCUUCACUGUACAAAGUGGAGCUCUUCCGAUAUUAUCAGAUCUACGAAGCUGUCAAAGGGAGCGCCCAGUCGCGUCGUGUCAUUCCUCUGAUGUCCGCGAAUACUUCCUGGUCCAAAGUUGUGUGUACACAAAUCAAAGUCAUUUGAGCAUGAAGUCGGAUGGUGAACUCACAUAAGGGAAUUGCACUUCAACGGACACACACACACUUCUCUAAACUGAAGAAAAGAGAAGUUCAAUAGUAUAAUUCAUUCUUCAGCGUUGACGCUUUGCGAACAUGAUGCGAACAGAUGAGCACUAUCAAUGCAACGGAACCCUGAAGUCUCAUUGUGACCAGGAAAACAACAGUUUGAAAAAUGGAUAUCACAUAAAUGAAAAGGUGCAGAAAAAUGGCAAGGGAAACGGUUUUCAUCAGCCUCGAGUUAGGGGUGAAGAUUCAUUUGAGGAAGCCCCCAUGUAUGUGGCUGUCCUGACAUACAUGGGCUAUGGAAUUGUCAUUCUGUUUGGCUAUUUCAGAGACUUUUUAAGAGCUCUUGGUUUAGAGAAAUGCCAUCAGGCCCAGGAGAGAGAAGAGCAAAAGGACUUUGUUCCCCUUUACCAAGAUUUUGAAAACUUCUACACCCGGAACCUGUACAUGAGAGUCAGGGACAACUGGAACCGGCCCAUAUGCAGUUUACCUGGUCCGGUUUUUGAUCUCAUGGAAAGAGUAACGGAUGAUUACAACUGGACGUUUAGGUUAACAGGGAGAACCAUUGAGAACGUCAUAAACAUGGGCUCCUACAACUAUCUGGGUUUCGCUGAAAACAAUGUUGACUUCCUGAAAACUGUAGCAGAGAAGACCAGACAGUACGGGGUGGGCGUCUGCAGCACAAGACAGGAACUAGCCAACUUCAGCAUCCAUGAGGAACUGGAGCGACUUGUUGCUGAGUUCUUGGGCAUGGAGUCUGCCAUGGCGUUUGGAAUGGGUUUCGCCACCAAUUCCAUGAACAUUCCAGCACUAGUCGGAAAGGGCUGUCUGAUCCUGAGUGAUGAGCUAAAUCACACGUCCCUUAUCCUGGGAGCCAGGUUGUCGGGGGCAACCAUUCGAGUCUUCAAACACAACAACAUGCAGAGUCUAGAAAAGCUGCUGAAGGAAGCGGUUUGCUCAGGGCAGCCUCGUACCCAUCGCUCUUGGAAAAAGAUUCUCAUCAUGGUGGAGGGCAUUUACAGUAUGGAAGGCUCUCUAGUCCGGCUGCCGGAGAUCUUAGCACUAAAGAAGAAAUACAAGGCUUAUCUGUACCUCGAUGAGGCCCAUAGCAUUGGGGCUGUGGGCCCCACAGGUCGAGGAGUUACAGAACAUUUUGGAGUGGACCCCAAUGAAGUGGACGUUCUGAUGGGCACCUUCACUAAGAGCUUCGGGGCUGCUGGCGGGUACAUUGCUGGCAAAAAGGAGUUGGUGGAUUAUUUGCGGUCUUACUCUCACAGUGCAGUGUACGCUACAGCCAUGUCACCACCUGUCGUGGAGCAGAUCAUCAGGGCAAUUAAAUGCAUCAUGGGAGUCGAUGGUACAACAGAAGGCCAGCGAAGAGUUCGGCAGCUGGCUGAGAACACACGCUACUUCAGAUCUCGGCUGAAGGAUAUGGGCUUCAUCAUUUACGGCAACCAGGACUCUCCAGUGGUUCCGCUCCUGCUCUAUCUACCUGGGAAAGUUGGGGCGUUCUCACGGGCCAUGUUGAAAAGGAAGAUCGGUGUUGUGGUUGUAGGUUUCCCGGCUACACCCAUUACAGAAGCCAGAGCUCGCUUCUGUGUGUCUGCCGCCCAUACCAAAGACAUGCUCGACAAGGUUCUCCAGAGCCUCGAUGAACUUGGAGACUACAUCAGGGUGAAGUUCUCCCGUCACAGGCUCUCUCAUCGGCCAGAGCUGUACGAUGAAACAGACUUUGAGCUGGACAGCUGAUCAUUCACUCUCAUCACUGUGAGUGUGUUGCCACCAAGGUCACCUCAUUGUGAAAGUCAUUUUUAGCAGAAAAAGUGUCUCGCUGUUUCACACAGUUCUGCUUUUCCUCAAAACAUUGUGCAGUGUUUGUAAUAGCUUUUAAAGUCCGUCCUCAUUUAAGGCAUGGACUGUUAUAUGUAUAUAUUGUAAAAUGAUAUUUAAUUGUUUUUUAACUGCUGUUUCACAGUUUUGUGAAGUUUGUUAAAUGAUUUUUUUCUCAGGGGGUUGUGGGGAAAAGGGAGGGGCUGCGACGGCUGUGUUUAUAGAACAUAUAUCAAAAGCUGCUCUAAAUAUAUCAAACAAUUAACUCCCUUAACACUGACCUACAUCAAAACUCUAACUGCGGAUAAGAAACCCCUUGAAGUGGCCCCAUUUUUUUAUCCUGCUGCUAAGAUGGACUGAUGAAAGACCUUCAUUCUGUGCUGGAUUAUGUGUUUGUGUGAUCCACAAGUACAUUGAUUGAAAGAGAUUGAACAAGGCUGGGCGUUGUAGACCCAGUUCAGCUCAUUCACAGUCAUUAAACAUUCAUGCAUUGCAUCUUGCAGAUCCCAGUCCUUCUAAUUUAAACUGACAGGCAUUUAUUUUUUUUUAUUUUUUUUUUAUGUGCAGGAAACUACUUAUGAUUAUAAAAUAAUAAUAAAUUUAUGGACUGAUUGUACUUGUAAAUCAAAUGUUUGCUUGAAAUGUUGGAAAGAAUUUCAUGUCAUUUGUUUGUAACUGAACAGAAACUGGUAACCAUUUGUUUGAUGCAGGCCUUCUGUUUAUUUGCAGGAUUUUAGAUUUUUUAGAUUUUUUUUUUCACUCAUUUAGUUUGUUCAUAACUAGGAUUGAGACCAUUGAAUCAGAGGUAAUGACUCUUAUGAGUCGAUUCUUUUUAAUGAAUCAAAAACCCAAAGUGUGACCAAUGUACUCUUGAUUCUCUAAUAGACUUGGUUCUUUUUUGUGAAUCAAUAUCGUACAUCGCAACCAAUGCAGUCCAACCAGUUCACAAACGAAUGACUCUUUUGAGUCAAACAUACAGUUUACUAUGUUAUUUUAUGUUAUGCUGUUCCAACUAUUUCUUCAUCAAAAUUGACCCAUUAAAGAACCAGAAUCAUUGAGGAA